ACACUCUCUCUUCACCGUUCACUGAAUCGUUUCGAUUUUGAAAUUGCGUUCUCUUAUGGCGGAGCAGCAGAACGUGAUUCUUCCGACGUCGGUGGAGAAUCUGAUAGAUAGCAUUUGCAAGGAACAGAAUCAGCUUCCACCGGAUGCCAAACUCCGUCGCCAGCUCGCCGCCAUCGGAGAGCAACAAGCUCUUCACAUUCUAUCUAAAAUCUCAAAAAACAAAAUCCGACACACUCUCUCCGCAUUCAUCCUCCACAUGCUCAAACAACAAUCCCUUCCUCUUUCUCCCUCACCUCCCAACCCCACGCGCCCUCCUCAUUCCUCGCUUCUACACGCGUUGGGAGAGUUAGAGUUCCGCAAGGCCUUUCUGCUCCUCAGUUACGCCGGAGGAGAGUGUCUUGAGAAUGUUACCACUGCUGAAUAUAUUCGGAGCCUCAAAGACUUGCCCAUGGCUACGUUCGAGAAAACAGUGUGGGAAGCUGUGGGCCAAAAAUGCGUCAACCGUGAGAGUGAUCGCCGUUUGUAUGUUGAUUGGGAUUCUGGCAAGUCACACGUAUAUCAUUGCUACGUUUCUUCAGAUGGGAACUUAAGGUUCAAGGGUCCUAUUUUGCAAAGCAUGCGAACUCACCUACAAAAAUGUCUGGGUGAUGAGAAUGUUUUGCUUGUAAAAUUUGACGACGAUAGGAGUGUAAGGAAUGUAAGGACCAGCGCUGAAGAAGCUAAUGCUCUGUAUGGGAAGUUUGGAAAAGAAGGGAUCUGUGUUGGUCUUCGUUUGUAUCGCUUUUUUGUUUUUAAAGAUGGUGGAAAGGAAGAGAAGAAGAAGGACCCAACAACUUCAUCUGUGAAAUGUUAUUUUGUUAGGAUAGAAUCAUAUUGUUCUGUAGAUGAGAGUGCAUCUUACGUAUUGUCAAACAAGACAAUGUUUGAAGCUAGAUCUUUAUUCAUGCAUGUCCACACGUUACCUAGUUUGGACAAGUAUAUGGCUAGGUUCUCUCUCAUUCUGUCAAAGACAUUAAAACUCGACAUUGACUUGGCAACUGUAAGUGUCAAAACAAUUCAAGAUGAAUAUUGCAAGGUAAAGUCAAUUGAUGAAAAUGGCAAUAUUGUGUAUGAUAAUGGGAAACCACGUAUCCUCACUGAUGGAACUGGGUUCAUCUCAGAAGAUUUGGCAUUGCUCUGCCCUAACAAUGUAUCAAAAGGAACAAGUGUAGAGAAUAAAUAUAUCCAGGAAAUACGCAAUCUCGUUGAACUGGAGGAUAUGAGUAAGGCAAUGAUAGAAGCAAAACUGAACACACAUCAGCUGCCUUUGCUGAUUCAGUGUCGUCUCUUUCACAUGGGUAGUGCAAUGAAGGGUACACUUUUGGUUAACAGAAAGCUCCCUCCUAGGACAAUACAGGUUCGGCCUUCAAUGAUUAAAGUUGAGACAGAUUCAAGCCUUCCAAAUAUUCAAACCAUAAAUUCAAUGGAGGUAGUGACUACAAGCAACAAGCCAAAUAGAGCAUAUUUAUCUAGACAACUGAUUACACUUCUAAGCUAUGGAGGGGUGCCAAAUGAAUUCUUCAUGGGUAUACUUCGGAGUAAUUUGGAAGAUGCAGACCUUGUCUACACCAAAAAGCGUGCUGCACUCAGAGCUUCUAUCAACCAUGGUGAGAUGGAUGAAUACAAUGCAGCAGGAAUGAUUUUAUGCGGCAUUCCUCUAGAUGAAACAUUUUUGCAGUAUCGUCUUUCUAUACUUGCGAAGGCAGAAAGGAAGAGACUUAGGGGAGGGAAGCUUUAUGUACCUGAUUGUUUCUAUUUAAUGGGGACUGUUGAUCCCACUGGAAGCCUGAAAAAGAAUCAAGUUUGUAUAAUUCAUGAAAAUGGCCAGAUUACUGGAGAUGUACUGGUUUAUCGAAAUCCAGGUCUACAUUUUGGUGAUAUUCAUGUAAUGCAUGCCAGAUCUGUGGAGGGGUUAGAAUCCUUUGUUGGACACAGCAAAUAUGCAAUUUUUUUCCCAUGUGUUGGGCCUCGCUCUGUGGCAGAUGAGAUAGCUGGAGGUGAUUUUGAUGGUGACAUGUACUGGGUUUCAAAGCAUCCUGAGCUAUUACAAUAUUUCAGAAAGAGUGACCCUUGGAUCGAACGGUCUUCUGUCAGAUUGGAUUCUAAUGUUAGAAAGCCAAGUGCAUUUUCGGCUGAGGAACUUGAGGAAGAACUUUUUAGACUAUAUCUAGAAACUCGGUUUCAACCAAGUAGCACAAUGGGUGUGGCAGCUGAUAGCUGUGUGGCACUCAUGGACCGUCUUUUGACGUUAAGAAAUGAUUGCUCCAAAGAAAAUGAGAAGGAGCAUGUGAAGGAGAAUAUACUUAAGUUGAUUGAUAUAUACUAUGUGGCAUUGGAUGCUCCCAAGAAAGGUGGAAGAAAGAUCCAAGUUCCAAAAGAUUUGGCCGUAGAAAUGUUCCCGCACUAUAUGGAAAAGGAUAGAUCAUUCACUUCAACCUCUAUCUUAGGUUUAAUAUAUGAUGAGGUUAGCAGAUGGCAAACUAAAGACAUAUCCAUGAAAGAAAUUAGAAAACUCUCUUGUUUUGAUAUUGAAGUACCUUCAAGCUGUAUGCAAAAGUGGGAAACGCUAUAUGAGGAAUAUAGGAAGGAUAUGACUAAUGCCUUAAAGGACAAUUCUAGAGCCAAUGAUGAGGCGGCUGAAGUCAUUAGAAUUUAUAAGGAGAAAUUGUAUGGUGCUGCUAAUAUGGAGGAUAGUCCGAAGAAUAUUAGGGAUAUUUAUAACGAGGCUUUGGCUGUGUAUCACGUUACUUAUAACUACGCCAUUCAAACGAAUUCAGUCAGUAAAUGUUCCUUUGCAUGGACGGUUGCAGGUUCAGCACUAACAAGUCUUUAUACCAUAAAACAAAAUGAAAAGGCUUUGAACAGUGCUCUAUCUGUAUUGCGCGAGAUUUUUGGUUCUUGAAAU